AUGCCAUCUCCCAAUGUAAGAGCCAGUAGCCUUUCACCCGCAAACUCCGACUUGGAAGAGGCUCCCACCUUCGAGGAUAUCCGCUCGGAGCCUGUCAGCCGGCGUCAGACGAACAUCGAUCUCGCUCGAGUAGAGAGCCUUCGUCUGACACAUAGAUCCACGGUCGGCUCCUCGGCAGGGCCAGCGCCUCGAGAAGAAUGGCUUCCAUUUGGCGUCGGGAAGGACUAUCCACCCCUACUACCUGAUCCAGAGAAAUACGUUGUUGGAUUCACCGGAGUAGAUGACCCCAUGCACCCGCAUAACUGGUCGAUGUCUACAAAGGUGCUACUGUCCGUCAUCCUAGCCUACAUCACCUUCACCGCAUCAUUUGCCAGCGCCAUAUUCUCAUCCGCUAUCGGCGCCAUUGCGGCGAAGUUCAGCAUCAGCAUAGAAGUUGCCACAUUAGGGGUCACUCUGUAUGUCCUCGGAUUCUCGGCAGGACCAACAAUAUGGGCCCCUGCCUCAGAGCUGAUCGGGCGACGGUGGCCGAUCACGAUAGGAAUGCUCGGAUAUAGUAUCUUCACGAUCGGGACUGCAACAGCAAAAGACACGCAGACGCUCUUCAUCACUCGCUUCUUUGCUGGGCUGUUCGCCGCCAGUCCCUUUGCCAUUGUGCCGGCUGCCUUUGCCGACAUGUACAACAACAGCCAGAGAGGCAUAGCGAUUGCCAUGUUUGCAAUGGCCGUCUUCGUCGGCCCCUUCGCAUCCCCCUUCACCGGCGGCUUCAUAACAAUGAGUUACCUGGGUUGGCGAUGGACCAUGUACAUUUCCGCCAUCAUGGGGUUCUUCGGUGUCGUCCUCCUGAUCUUCUUCUACAAGGAGACAUACGCUCCGGUGGUUCUGAUGGAGAAGGCAGCAACGCUGAGGCGCCAGACACACAACUGGGGAAUCCACGCAAAGCAGGACGAGGUUGAGCUUGACCUUAACGAUCUGAUCACAAACAACUUCAGCCGGCCGAUUCGCAUGCUUCUGACCGAGCCCAUCGUGUUCCUCAUCACAAUCUAUAUGUCUUUCAUAUACGGGAUCCUGUAUGCACUGCUCGGAGCCUACCCGGUCGUGUUCCAACGCACCCACAGAAUGAAUCUGGGCGUGGGUGGCCUGCCAUUCAUCGGCCUGAUCGUGGGCGAGUUCGCUGGCGGAGUCUACUCCUUGAUCGACGCCAAGUAUUAUGGGCGCAAACUGCGCAAUAACAACGACAUUCCAAUUCCAGAGUGGCGACUACCACCGGCCAUUGUCGGCGGCAUCGCCUUCGCAAUCGGCUUGUUCUGGUACGGCUGGACAGGAUGGACACGCUCGAUCCACUGGAUGGCUCCCACGGCUUCUGGGGUAUUCACCGGAUUCGGAAUCUAUGUUAUCUUCCUGCAGUGCUUUAACUAUCUGAUUGACUCAUACCUGCAAUUUGCGGCAUCGGUCUUCGCUGCCAACACUAUCCUUCGCUCAGCUGUCGGCGCUGGUUUCCCACUCUUUUCUCGCCAGCUCUUUAUGAACCUCGGAGUGCAAUGGGCAGGAACAUUAUUGGGAUGCUUGGCGCUCAUUAUGAUUCCAAUACCGUUGGCUUUUAUCAAGUUUGGUCCCAGGCUAAGGCGGCGUAGCAGGUUUGCUCCAUCGCCAGUUGUGUUUGAAGAGAAAUCGGGUUAG